AUGUCCAAGUCUUCAGCAGCAUCUCAACACCUCGACAGGAUGUCAUCUCAACAGGAGAUUCUGAGCGACGGGCGGUUUAGCCGCAUUGCUAGGGAUCCCAUGUUUUGGGAGAUGCCCGAGAAAGAACGCAAAGUCAAAAUUGACAAACGAUUCCGAGCUAUGUUUCAUGACAAGAAGUUCAAGAUGAAAUACACAGUGGACAAAAGAGGUCGCCCUGUUAACUAUACUACUACAGAAAACCUCAGGAAAUUCUAUGCCCUGUCAGAAUCUGACUCUGAUCUUUCAGAAUAUGACAGUAAAGAACAUACUGAAAAGAAAAGAAAGAAUAAAAAAGCUAAACCUAAAGGAGAAGCUGAUUCUGCAAAAAUAUGUGCUGAUGGUCUCUCUAAGGAGAAGAGAAAAAUAAAGAAACAAGGGGUGGACCAAACAUGUGAAGUGGUUACAGAAUUAGGUGAUCUUAAAGGACGAAAAAUUAAAUCUCAGUUCAACUUGAAAGAGGACUCUGAGAAAAUUGCAACAGAAAUUGAUGGUUCUCAGAGAAAUAAAGGGGGGUUACACAAGAGGGAAAACAAGGAAGGAGAUGCAUCAGGAGGAAAAUCAAUUUCAAUGCAAAACAAGCAAAAGUCUUCACAAACAAGUGGUAGGAAAUCAGUUAAAGUUCUCAGGAAGGACCGGUUCCUAGGAGGAAGCAUAAACGAAUCAGUAUGCACAGACACAUGUGAUCAAAGUGACAUUAGUAAAAGCCAAUCUGAGGAAGACAUUUCUGCAAGUGAUGCUUCUGAAUAUGCAGAAUCUGAAGAAGAGGAGCCAGAAGACGAUGGGGAAACUGGUGAGGAAGAGGAGUCAGAAGAUGAUGGAGAAACAGACAAAGAAGAAGGUAGUGAUUCAGAAGAUGACGAGGAAAGUGACCAUGAGCUUGAUUUAGCUAGAGGCAUAGGGAACAUUGAAACAAGCUCAGAUGAUGAUGAAGAUUUGAAUGACCUGUUUCCAAAGGAACCAGAGAUAGAGCACUCAUGGCGUGAGCUAGAUAAAGAUGCCCCUCAUGGAGAUGAGGUUACAAGUAGAUUGGCAGUUUGUAAUAUGGAUUGGGAUAGGCUGAAGGCUAAGGAUUUGCUGGCUCUGUUUAGUUCUUUCACACCCAAAGGAGGAACGGUAUUUUCUGUGAAGAUUUAUCCUUCGGAGUUUGGAAAAGAGAGACUGAAAGAAGAAGAACAAAAAGGACCUGUGGAACUAUUUGAUAUUCCCGAGAAUACCACAGAGAAUGACGGGCUUUAUAGGGAAAAACUGCGGGAGUAUCAAUUUAAGCGACUGAAAUACUACUAUGCGGUUGUGGAAUGUGAUUCUCCUGAAACAGCCAAUAAAAUUUAUGAGGAAUGUGAUGGACUGGAAUUUGAAAGUAGCUGUUCUUUUAUUGACCUAAGAUUUAUUCCGGAUAAUGUUACAUUUGAUGAUAAGCCAAAAGACGAAGCGUCAGAAGUGAACAUAGCUGCAUAUAAGCCAAAGUACUUCACAUCUGCUGCUAUGGGAACAUCAAAGGUAGAUAUCACAUGGGAUGAGACAGAUCAUGAACGAGUAACAUCACUUAACAGAACUUUUAACAAAGAGGAACUUCUUGACAUGGAUUUUCAAGCUUAUUUGGCUUCAUCUAGUGAAGAAGAGGAAGAACAGGAGCAAGAUGGCAAUGUAACUCAUAAAAUGGAAGAUGACAAACCCAGGAAAAGCCAAAAAGAUGAUGAAGAACAAAUUGCCAAGUACAGAGAACUUCUGCAAAGUAUCCAAGAAAAAGAAAAAAAACAGGAAGAAAAGGACAUAGGAAUGGAGGUCAAAUGGGUUCCAGGCCUCAAGGAAACUGCUGAAGAAAUGGUUAAAAACAAGUUGGAAGGAAAGGAUAACCUAACUCCAUGGCAAAAGUAUCUAGAGAAGAAGAAGGAAAAAAGAAUGCUUAAGAAAAAGAGAAAGGCUACUGCUGAGAGAGAACAGAGUGAAGAUGAACUUCCAUCUGAUGUCGAUCUCAAUGACCCAUAUUUUGCUGAAGAACUUGAGAAAACAGGUUUAAAGAAAAAGCCAGAUUCAGUUCAAAGUACCUCAGAAGAUGAAGGUGAAGUUGAAAAACAGAAGGCUGAAAUGGCCCUACUUAUGAUGGAUGAUGAGGAUGAUGCAAGAAAACAUUUCAAUUAUAAAAAGAUUGUAGAACAACAGAAUUUGAGCAAGAAGAAAAAGAAACUUCUAAUGAAAAAGAAUGAAUUACUAGAAGAUGAUUUCCAGAUAAAUGUCAGUGAUACAAGAUUCCAAGCCAUGUUCACUUCUCCCCUGUUUAAUUUGGAUCCUUCAGACCCAAAUUUCAAGAAAACAAAAGCAGUAGAAAAGAUCUUGGAAGAAAAAGCUCGACGAAGAGAAGAAAAGGAACAAGAUGUUAAGAAGGCAAGCAAGGAUCAAGAGAACAAGGUGGCAAAGAAAGGAGAGGUUGCCAAGAAGGCCAUAGAUCCUGCUUUAUCAAUGCUAAUAAAAUCUGUCAAAAAUAAAACUGAAGAAUUUCAGGCAAGGAAAAAGCAGAAAUUCAAAUAACUGAACUUUGUUUUUACUCAGACAUUACUCAAUGUCAAUUCUUUCAAUUGGUGACAUUUAUUGAAGUAUUAGAGCUAGCUUUGGUUCCUAUCCAAAAUGAUCCAAAAAAUCUCUUAAUUAUGGUGGUGAGUUUUUGGAGUAGCUGCGGUAAUAAUCACCCAUUUCUUCUGCUACAACAAAUACUGGUUUGUACUAUUAUUGAAAAUCUACACCUUCAAAAUAUGUAAGUAAGGAACUGAUGGUUUUGGGGACAUUCUGUUUUGUAUCAUGCCAUCUCUCAAAGAUUGCACAAGUGCUAAAGAUGGCUACAAAAAGUAGUCAUAAUUAUGGUUGUAUUUAUAAAUAAGAGAAACACUUCUGCAGAGGUUUAUUGCUGGGACUACGAGUGGUUUUAAUGUUUUUAAUUCCACAGAAAAUCAUCUCUGUUAAUAAAGAAGAUAGUAAUACAGCUAAAAAUGGAACAAAGUUUUAGAUACAUGGUUUUGUAUAUUUUUAAAAGAUUGCCUACGUUUCAUAAAUUUCUUCU